GAAGCUGGAGGGCGGGAGCAGCGGUGGGGCACCGGAUCGCGUCCUAUGUGUGCCCGCAGCUCCAAAUCCAAUCGCCGCCUUCUCCCACUCGGUGGCGUCGUCACAUUGCUACUUCCAGGAGCGCCCGGCAGCAAAUCCUUUCCGAGGCAUCGGCUCCAUGGCGCGAGUCUGCGGCAAAAAUGCUAGUGUUUGAAGAGUCUGUGAUGAUCGGGCCGGAGCUUUUAACUUUUGAGACUGGAAAGCUCGCGCAGUUUGCCGCUGGAGCAGUGGUCUGUGGAGCUGGCGAAACCAAAGUUUUGGUCACUGUUGUGUCCGACGAAAGGCUCGAUGCGGGUCGGGAUUUCAUGCCUCUCCAGGUGGAGUAUAGAGAAAAGUCUUAUGCACAGGGAAAAAUUCCAAACACUUUCAUGCGUAGGGAGGGAGCACCAAAAGAGAGGGAGCUUCUUUGCGGUCGUGUCAUUGACAGAUCGAUUCGGCCUCUCUUUCCAAAGGGCUACUACUUCGAAACCCAGAUAAUGGCCAAUGUCCUUUCUUCAGAUGGGGAGCAGGAUCCGGAUAUACUCGCAGCUAAUGCAGCCUCGGCUGCCUUAGCAUUGUCUGAUGUACCUUGGAAUGGUCCUAUUGGAGUAGUACGCAUAGGACGUGUUGAUGGAAAGUUUGUUGUUAACCCCGACAUGGACACGCUCAGCGGCAGUGACCUUAAUUUGAUAUAUUCAUGUACAGCUGAAAGGUCACUUAUGAUCGAGACACAAGCGCGAGAAAUAACAAAUAAAGACUUCACUGCUGCCUUGAAACUGGCACAUUCGGAGGCUUCCAAACUGAUAGAACCACAGCGUCGACUAGCAGCAAAGGUUGGAAACAGAAAACGGCCUGUACAAGUGGUAAAGGUUGAUGCCCCCGUUUUAGAGAAAAUCCGUGGAUUAUCGGAAGAACAUAUCAAAGCGGUGGUUAAUAACCCGACGCUUGGAAAGUUUGAACGAGGAAAGGCUCUCGGAAAAGCAAUGGAAAAUGUGCAGGAUAUUCUCAAGAAAGAAAAUGACGAGGCCGCUUUAAGCCGUUUUUCGCUUGGCUUUGACACUGUAAAGAAACAAAUUGUCCGGGAAAAUGUGUUUCAAAAGAACAUUCGGGUUGAUGGCAGGUCUCUGACGGACGUCAGGGACCUUUAUUGCGAGGCCGGAAUAUAUCCAGCACUUCAUGGUUCUUCUUUGUUUUCGCGAGGGAAUACACAGGUGCUAUGCACGGUAACUUUGGGAGCUCCCGAAGAUGCACAGAAACUUGAUUCAAUAGUUGGUCCUCCUAAGAAACGAUUUAUGGUCCACUAUAGUUUCCCCCCCUUCUCUGUUAACGAAGUUGGCAAAGUAGGAGGCCUAAACCGCCGAGAAGUUGGGCAUGGUACUCUAGCCGAGAAGGCCUUGGUAGCACUAUUGCCGCCUGAAGAUGAGAAUUUUCCAUACAGUGUUCGAGUGAAUUCAGAAGUCAUGGCUUCUGAUGGCUCAUCGUCAAUGGCAACGGUUUGUGGAGGGAGUCUGGCUUUGAUGGAUGCUGGCAUUCCUUUAAAGUCUCAUGUGGCGGGCAUCUCCGUGGGUCUUAUAACGAACGUUGAUGCUGAGACUGGAGAAAUAAAGAACUAUAAGAUUUUGACGGACAUCUUGGGACUAGAGGAUCACUUGGGUGACAUGGACUUCAAAAUUGCCGGAACAAAAAAAGGCGUGACUGCGAUCCAGCUUGACAUAAAGCUUCCAGGAGUGCCACUGCAUAUUCUUUGCGAGGCAUUAGAACCUGCGUAUGUUGCUCGGAAGAAAAUCUUGGAUUUGAUGGAAAAGGAAAUUUCUAAACCGCGGGACACUCAACGACAAGAUACACCUAGAAGAGGAACGAUAGUUAUUCAACGAGAAAGCAUUGGCAGACUUAUCGGUCCUAGUGGUUCGAACAUAAGACAUUUACAAUCCGUUUCAGGAGCUCGUUUGACUGUGGGCGAGGAUGGAAAUGUCCAUAUUAUUUCAAGAUCCGAGAAAAGCUUCAAAGUGGCGAAAUCGAUGAUUGAAGCUCUAGUUGGACGAGAAAUCAUAGUCGGUGAAACGUAUACGGGAACUGUUUCCGCUAUAAAAGAUUUUGGAGCUUUUAUUGACUUCGAUGGCGGGCAACAAGGGCUUCUUCAUAUUUCAGAAAUCUCACACGAACCUGUAACAGCUAUUGCAGACGUACUAUCAGUUGGACAGCAAAUUACGGUACUCUGUACAGGACGAGACUUCCGUGGAAAUCUGAAGUUUUCACGUAAAGCAGUGAUAAAUAAAGCUAAUGCAGAAGCUACUACUACGAUUCCAGUUCUUGCGAAAGUCACACAAGCAAUCACACAAGCAAAGAAAUCAUCACAAACGUUCGAUCUAACUGCCGAGAGGAUUACUGCGGUGUUGACUGCUGGAAAGACCCAACUGCAGCAAUCCGGGGUAGAAAAACGUCAAUCAGAAGACAGCCCCAGUAUGUCAGAGGAAAAGAAAAUUUCAAGCAAAGCCUCACCGAAGAAGCUGGCAAAACCUGGUGCUGAAAAACAAGAAAAAGAGAAGACAAAGAAAGACGAACCAAAAAGCUUAAUGGUGAAGAAAGUCUUACAUGGUGGAUCAUCAAAGAAGACUGCCUCAGACGCUGGUGCUGAAAAACAGGAAAAGGAGCAAACAAAGAGAAGACAGAAACAAAAGGUUGAUGGAGCUGGCCAUGAACAGAAGCACGAGAAAGCGUGUACGGAGAAGCAGACCACAGCGGAAAUUGGUGCUAUAUACCAUGUGACUAUCGAGCAAAUCCGGAAGAGUGGUGUAGCUGUGAAAAUGGAGACCGGCGCAAGUGGUGUACUUAAGACGGGAAAGGGAGCGAGUACAUCAGACUACUCGGUUGGAGAUAAGCUGAAAGUUAAAUGCGUUAGUAUCGCUCCAAAAGGUCGACCAAGUUUUGAGCUAACAAAGUUGGUGCUUUGAUUUUUCAAGUCCACAUUACAGGUGCUUUACCGGGAAUCUGUUGCGUCUCCAACAGGUAUGGGGCAUGGAGGCACACACACUGCAUGGGAGAGACGUCUCUCCGCGUUACAGUGGGGGAGAGGCGACACAUUCUCUGACUUGACUGACUGCCUGCCUGCCUGAUCCAGAUAAGUCUGCUUGCAUCUGCACGGAGCUGAGGAGGUUCAAAGAAUACCACUGCUCACCGACCUCGCAGCUGUUGCUGAGAGACUGGAACCGAUCGGGAGAAUUCGCGCUCGCUCAUUUAAGCAAGGUGGCAGGGAAACAAUGCGCAACAACAGCACCAACAGCGACGUCGAAUGGCUGCUGCGAGUCAGAAGCAACAAAAAGAAAAGCUGUACAGAACACCACAACGAGCAGCAGCAGCAGCACACGGAGCGAGCAGUCAGUGCCUCACUCUAGCGGAGACUCUGACAGACGCCGGAGAGAGACAAGGCACUUUUUCAUUCAUGGAGGCAAGGCCAGGGACCAGUCCAGACUCCAGAGCGGACUUUUCAAGCAUUCAUAAUUGGGAGAAUAGACCGGACGGCUCUCAAGCAAAUUGCUUGUACAAGCCAAUGCACAGGACAGGACGCGCCACAGGCAGACAGGAGGAGGCAGCGAGCAAACAAGGCAAAGCAAAGCAAGGCAAAGCAAAGGCAAAGCACAGCACAGCAACGCAACGCAGCGCAAAGCAAAGCAAAGCAAAGGCGAGACUGGAAGAUGUUGACUUGUACACUACUGCUACUGCUCCUGGCACUCCCGAGACAACAGUAACAAGGACUGACCUUUGGGAAACUUAAACAAUUGCCAGGAGGGAGGAGAAAGAAAGAAAAAAAAGAUCUACAAAGCACACAACUUGGAAGUGGUUUUUUAAUUCCACCUAUAGCUACAAGCCUCGAGGAGCUGCUCGCUGCUGCUCUCUAUCAGAGGUAUUUUAAUCUUCUCUUUCACUGUCUGUGACUGCGAGACUGAGCGACAGAAAUCAAGACUGGAAAAUCAUAGAAGAAAACAGGAAGAAUGGUUUUUUUUUCUUGUCCCGAGAGAGAGAGAUCGAUCGAGUCGUCACGGAAGAAGCCUCGACAUUUCUAUGGGCGCUUUUCUCGCGGAA